UUCUAGUCAUAAAGUAGUCGCCAACAGCAUGUUGAAAACUAUAUCGAUUGGUGUUCUUAUCGCCCUCAGUGGGGCCAUCAUUGCAGAAGGAAAACCUGUCCUUAUUAAGGUUUUCGCUCCCAGCGGUGGCUACUCCAGUGCCAGUUACCAAAAUACAGUGGGAGCAUCGCCUUUCACCAGUCAGCUUAUCUCUGGUCUUAUCUCAUCAAAAAUUCAACUGUUGAACAGCGUGCUACAGACCAAGUCUUCUUCCGGGGGGUUCCGUAUUGGUUUCAAUAAGUCUGUCAAUUUAUUUGGCCCCACAAGCGCCACGAGCACCACCGAAAGGCCUGUGACACACCAUACCACCGAGGUAAACACAGACUUUACUCCGGAUGAAUCUAGUAGGACUACUCAACUUUUUUACUCGACAACAACAGAAAGUUUUGUCGAAACGCCGAUCCCCACAAUACAUCCCGAGCCACCAGCCACUACCACUUCAGUGAUCCCAAUAGAGAGCACCACAUCCGUAACACAACCACCCAUCUUGACGACACCAAAACCUGGAUACUCCUAUCGCACCCCCAUUUCCCCCACCAAUUAGUUCGGUGAAAAUCUAUUUUUUGUCAACUCAAAUAACGCAGCCCCAGCAAUGUUCGCAAAUGAGUAAAUUUCUAUAAUUAAGUGACUAAUUUGCGAUGAAUUGGGAGAACUGUUUCUUAAGUUAAUCCAGGUAUAGAUAAAGCGGAAGCUAUUCAAGGCUUGUCGCACAUUGUUCAUUUUCACAUCAAAGAGCUCUGUGCGAUUGUUGUCUGACAAGUCAUGGGGAUUAUUAGCAUAGAAACUGGUUUUUAGAGAAUUAUGUGGGCUACAAGGGAAGUGUUAAAUGUUUCAUUAACCACUUUUCAAGUUUUACAGGCAGAUUCUAGCGCCCGUUCCAAGUCGCAUCUGCAAAUGACUUGGUUCAAGGCAAACGAAUUUCUUUGUCUGGGGCAUAACAAUCAAUUCCGCAGAUCUGUAUGUUAUUAAAUAUUUUACAGUGUUUGGCAAGUUAGUAUCUAUCAUCGAAUUACUUAUUUACAUUUCAACUAAUAUAUAAAUGGUUUAAAUUUAAUAUAUCAGCAGUAUAUCUGCUAUUAAUUAUAAAGAAGAGAGAAUGUUAUAGUAGUGUGAAUGCGAGGGGAAAUAUCAUAAUUUUUCUGGGAUAUGGGUGGAUAUUGGGGAAUGAAAAGAAAAAAAAGGUUAAUUGGGCGUGGCCGGUUCGGCGGCUUUAGGGCGUUUAUAUGGGCGUGGCAAAAAGAUUCUUGCAAAUCGAUUAAAAUUUACAGGACUAAAAAAAUUAUGAAAAAAUAUUAAGCAAUUUUUCAAAAGUGUGGACGUGACCCUUUUGGAUGUUUUUUAGGUGAAAGGCGUGGCCAGUGUUUUUGGUAAACAGAUAAAAAUUGUCAAGGCAAAUAAUAAAACGAAGAAAAUCUAAACAUUUUUCAAAAGUGUGGGCGUGACAACUUUCUGCGCCUUUGGGGCGUUAGAGUGGUCGUGGCAAUCAGUUAUGUAGAAAUUUACAGGACUAAUAAAAUUAUGAAAAAAU